UGGGAGCUGUGCUGAGGGAGCUGUGCUGUGGGAGCUGUGCUGUGGGAGCUAUGCUGAGGGAGCUGUGCUGUGGGAGCUGUGCUGAGGGAGCUGUGCUGAGGGAGCUGUGCUGAGGGACCUGUGCUGAGGGAGUUGUGCUGUGGGAGUUGUACUGUCGAAGCUGUGCUGUGGGAGAUGAGCUCGUCCGUGGGACAGGCCCUCUUUGUCGGCGGGAUGGCGGCGUGGAAGAAAUGGUACGAGAAGACGGAGGACGCCUCGGAGAAGACCUCUCUGGCCGAUCAGGAGGACGCCAGGCUGAUCUUCAUCAACCAGCCCCAGCUGACCAAGUUCUGCAACAACCGUGUCAGCACCGCAAAGUACAAUGUCCUCACAUUCCUGCCAAGGUUUCUGUAUUCUCAGUUCAGGAGGGCAGCCAACUCCUUCUUCCUGUUCAUCGCUCUCCUGCAGCAAAUUCCGGAUGUUUCCCCGACGGGACGCUGGACCACCCUGGUCCCCCUGCUCUUCAUCCUGGUGGUGGCGGCCGUGAAAGAGGUCAUCGAGGACCUGAAACGGCACAAUGCAGACAGCGUCGUAAACAGGAAGGAAACGCAAGUGCUGAGGAACGGCGCUUGGGAGAUCGUCCACUGGGAGAAGGUUUCUAUCGGGGAGAUAGUCAGAGCCACCAAUGGAGAUCACCUCCCUGCCGACCUCGUCAUUCUGUCAUCCAGCGAGCCCCAAGCAAUGUGCUAUAUUGAGACCUCAAACUUGGAUGGAGAGACAAACCUUAAAAUACGACAGGGCUUGCACGUCACCGCGGAAAACAAGGACAUUGACAGCCUGAGCAGGCUGGGCGGGCGCAUGGAGUGCGAGAGCCCCAACCGUCACCUGUACGACUUUGUCGGCAACAUGAGACUGGAAGGCCACAGCACCGUGCCACUGGGUCCAGACCAGAUACUGCUGAGGGGCGCCCGGCUGAGAAACCAGGGUCACGCAUCGUGGUUACACCGGCAGACACAAAAUACAACACGGCCACCCCUGAAGCUGUCGAAUGUGGAGCGAAUCACCAACUUCCAGAUCCUGGUUCUGUUUGGCUGUCUCCUAGCAAUAUCGCUCGUGUGCUCCAUCGGUCAGACCAUAUGGAAGGCGCGUCACGGCAACGACGCCUGGUACAUGGACCUCAACUAUGGUGGCGCUGCCAACUUCGGCCUCAACUUCCUGACCUUCAUCAUCCUCUUCAACAACCUGAUUCCCAUCAGCCUGCUGGUCACCCUGGAGGUCAUCAAGUUUGUCCAGGCCUACUUCAUCAACUGGGAUAUGGACAUGCAUUAUGAAGCUACCAAAACUCCAGCCAUGGCAAGGACGUCUAACCUCAACGAAGAACUGGGACAGGUGAAAUACAUCUUCUCAGACAAAACGGGGACCCUGACCUGCAACGUGAUGCAGUUUAAGAAAUGCACCAUCGCGGGCGUAGCCUACGGCCACUGUCCUGAAGCUGAGGACUUUAGUAUGUCAGGGGAUGACUGGCACACUGCGCAAUCAGCUGAAGAAGGGGGCUUCAAUGAUCCAGUUGUUGGAGGACAUUCUAAUCACAUAUUUGUGAUCUUACACCUCAGAGAGCUAAUGUGCUUUUCUGUCCGGGGGAUGACUCUUGGGUGUUUCUGUCCCCAGCCCACUGCGCCCGUGAUCCUGGAGUUCAUGACCAUGAUGGCCGUGUGUCACACCGCCGUCCCGGAGAGGACCGACGACAAGAUCGUCUAUCAGGCGGCGUCUCCAGACGAGGGGGCGUUGGUGAGAGCGGCGCAGAACCUGGGCUUCGUGUUCUCGGGGAGGACCCCGGACUCUGUCAUCAUCAAAUCCCUGGGCGAGGAGGAGAAAUACGAGCUGCUGAACGUGCUGGAGUUCACCAGCAACCGGAAGAGGAUGUCGGUUAUCGUGCGCACUCCUUCGGGGCGGAUCCGGCUGUAUUGCAAAGGAGCUGACACGGUCAUUUACGACCGGCUGGCCGACAGCUCCAAGUACAAGGACAUCACGCUGAAGCACCUGGAGCAGUUUGCGACGGAGGGGCUGCGCACGCUGUGCUACGCGGUGGCCGACAUCUCGCAGGCCACGUACCAGGAGUGGCUGGACGUGUACCAGCGCGCGUCCACCGCGCUCAACAACCGCGCACUGAAGCUGGAGGAGAGCUACGAGCUCAUCGAGAAGAACCUGCAGCUGCUGGGAGCCACAGCCAUCGAGGACAGGCUCCAGGACAAAGUCCCUGAGACCAUCGAGAUGCUUAUGAAGGCCGACAUCAAGAUCUGGAUCCUGACCGGGGACAAACAGGAGACCGCCAUCAACAUCGGACACUCCUGCAAACUGCUCACCCGUAACAUGGGCCUGGUGGUGAUUAAUGAAGGCACACUGGACGGCACCCGGGAGACCCUCAGCCGACACUGCGGCAUGCUGGGAGACGCCCUGCACAAGGAGAAUGACUUUGCGCUCAUCAUCGACGGAAAGACGCUCAAGUACGCCCUCACCUUCGGCGUGCGACAGUACUUCCUGGACCUGGCCCUGUCCUGCAAGGCGGUCAUCUGUUGCAGGGUGUCCCCGCUGCAGAAGUCGGAGGUGGUGGAGAUGGUCAAGAAGCAGGUGCGCGUGAUCACGCUGGCCAUCGGCGACGGCGCCAACGACGUGGGCAUGAUCCAGACCGCUCACGUGGGCGUGGGCAUCUCGGGCAACGAGGGCCUCCAGGCUGCCAACUCGUCGGACUACUCCAUCGCACAGUUCAAGUACCUGAAGAAUCUGCUGCUGGUUCACGGAGCUUGGAACUACAACCGCGUCGCCAAGUGCAUCCUCUACUGCUUCUACAAGAACAUAGUCCUGUACAUCAUCGAGAUCUGGUUCGCCUUCGUUAACGGGUUCUCUGGGCAAAUCCUGUUUGAGCGCUGGUGCAUCGGCUUGUACAACGUGAUCUUCACAGCACUACCUCCACUGACCCUGGGGAUAUUUGAGCGCUGCUGCAGGAAAGAGAACAUGCUGAAGUACCCGGAGCUCUACAAGACUUCCCAGAAUGCCAUGGGCUUUAACACCAAGGUCUUCUGGGCCCAUUGUCUGAACGGCCUCUUCCACUCCGUCAUCCUCUUCUGGGUCCCGCUGCAAGCCUUCCGGCACGAUACGGUGUUUGGAAAUGGACGGACGCCCGACUACCUCCUUUUAGGAAACAUGGUUUACACGUUUGUGGUCAUCACGGUGUGUCUGAAAGCUGGCCUCGAGACUUCUUCAUGGACUAUGUUCAGUCACAUCGCCAUCUGGGGCAGCAUCGGCCUAUGGGUGGUGUUUUUUGUGGUGUACUCCUCGCUGUGGCCCCUCAUCCCCCUGGCUCCGGACAUGUCUGGUGAGGAGUACAUGAUGUUGAGUUCCGGAGUGUUCUGGAUGGGGCUGUUCUUCAUUCCCGUGACCUCCCUGGCCUUUGACGUGCUGUACAAAGUAGUAAAAAGGUCCUGCUUCAAGACCCUGGUGGAUGAGGUGCAGGAACUGGAGGCAAAGUCUCAGGACCCUGGUGCAGUGGUUCAUGGGAAAAGCCUGACGGAGAGAGCCCAGCUUCUGAAGAACGUGUUCAAGAAGAACACCGCCUCCAUGUACCGCUCCGAGUCCAUGCAACAGAACCUGCUGCACGGCUACGCUUUCUCUCAGGACGAGAACGGAGUGGUGUCCCAGUCAGAGGUGAUCCGAGCGUACGACACCACCAAGCAGCGGGCGGAGGAGUGGUGAAGCCCCGCCCACCCCCCGGGAGGACACCCGCACUUGAAGCGCAGCACCCUACAGCGGGCGCGUCGGAGAAAGCCAACGGGAAGUGACAGUUGCGUCCGCUUCCUUGUGCUCUUAUUUUUUUCGCAGAGAAAGAGAGAGAAAACGAAAGAGGCGGAUUUUGAGGGGCGAGAAAGGGGGAAUUGCGAGAAACGAGAACAUUUACAAAAAAAAAAAAAAAAAACACGUUCACUUUCUGUUGUUGUGACGUGAGCACUGAGCCUACGUUCCAGUCUGUGGUCUGAGGUUUCUACCCCGUUAGCACUAAAAAAGGUGUGAGGUACUUUUUGUUGUUUCAGUUUUAGUUUUGUUUUUUUUUUAUAUAUUGUUGGCUCAUGUUGAGUAUUUUCAGAAAUGAACCUAGAGGGCUUUGCUGAAGAGCUCUUUUAUGGUUUAACAGGAAAGUGAGUAAAUGUUAAAUGCAAUGAAGGUUUCUUGACUUGAACUCCCACGUCGGAGGAGGCGAAAAUGAGAGAAUGAGAUGCAAAAGAAAAUUCAUCUUUUUUUUCCUGGAGGUUCAGACACCACACUCCACGAAAAAUUGGAAUCUGAAAAUUAAUAACUCUGAAGUCUAGAUUGCCAAAGAACAAAAACGUGUGCGCAGUAUUUUGUCUCGAUUGCAAUCUGACAUUCACAGAUGCAGCUUUAACUUGAAAUAUUAAAAUCUUAACUCAAAUAUUUUAUGUACAAUCCGAAAGCCUACCGAAUUGUUCUGACACUCCAGAAUGGGAUUCUCGUGUUGAAUGAACCUCCGCAAUCUGUACAUUCUUGUGAUACAUUUAUUUAAAUGGUUUUUUUUCUUUUUGCACUCAAUGUUAUGUAAAAUAUGUGGUGUUAUACCAAGCCUUGAAGGCCUUAUGUGUGGCAUUCUACUUGACUAUGGUCAUUUAAUUUGUGGGCCUUCAUAGUGCCUGUCUGUUCAUUUUCUUUCCACUCUUUCCGGAAGUCACAGUCUAGAGUCGUGAACCUGUUUUUGCAUCUAAACCAUUUCGUACACUGCUUCGGUUGCUCUUAACAGUUCAUUUCAUUCCACACGUUCCUUGGCUGCAACUAUCACAACAGUGCCUACCAGAAUAUUUCCCCGACAGAAAGUAUUUAAGAUGAAAUAGGCCGUCACUAUUCAGCUUUGACUGAACACCCAAAAGGCAAGAGAAAACCUGUCUUUGAGCCCCCUUGCCUGUACACUGCAAUACGGCUGCGAUGGGACGGUUUUGUCCGAUGUGGGACGUGGGUGCUCUGUUCACGGGCUGCCGGGGUGCCGCGAGGCACUUUUUAAAUAAAAUACAUAACGGCAGUACCGAGAGUGGGUUGGGGGUUUAGGGCCGGGACACCACAUUGAACUUUUCUCAUACACGGCCUUCUUUCUGUUUUUCGAAAAAUAAAACGUCUUUCAAUGCAGAGUACAUCCCUGGAAACAUAAGUGCCAUUAGCUUAGGAGGGCGGUUGGGGUGGGGCGGAUUUGACAGGUGUCGACCGUACACGAUAACAGUGUCUUGAUAGUCAUAUUUUUAUAUCGAUCAAGUACACAUUUUACAUUUGCGUGCUUUGUAUGGAUUGUGCUCUCAUUUGGAUAUUUGUUUCAUUUGUUUUCCAGACUGACAAAUGUCAUACCAUACUUUGUGUGAAUGGUGGUAUUAUUAUUAUUAUUAUUAAGGUCAACUUUGUCUAUGUGUUCUCUCCUCCCUACGGGAGAUAGGUUGCUGUAUUUAGUAUGCUUGUGUUCCUGUGGGUGAGUUCAGAAAGCAGGUGUGUUUGCUUCUUCCUUGUCUUAUUUGUAGGUAAUGGUCCAUCCACGAGUGCGUGUGUACGCAUGUGUGCGAAGGAGGUGUGUGUGUGUGUGUGUGUGUGAGUACAUGUUCAUGAGUGUGCGUGUGCAAGUAUGUGUGUGCAUGUGUGAGCGUGUCAGUGCGUGUCUUGUGUCUGCGUGCGUGAGCGUGUCAGUGCGUGUGUCUGUGUGUGUGUGCGUGAGCGUGUCAGUGCGUGUGUCUGCGUGUGUGUGCGUGAGGAGGUCAGUGCGUGUGUCUGUGGGUGUGUGCGUGAGGAGGUCAGUGCGUGUGUCUGUGGGUGUGUGUGCGUGAGCGGGUCAGUGCGUGUGUCUGUGUGUGUGCGUGAGCGUGUCAGUGCGUGUGUGUGCGUGAGCGUGUCAGUGCAUGUGUCUGUGUGUGUGAGCGUGUCAGUGCGUGCCUCGUGUGUGCGUGCGUGAGCGUGUCAGUGCGUGUGUCUGCGUGUGUGUGCGUGAGCGUGUCAGUGCAUGUGUGCGUGUGUGCGUGAGUGUGUCAGUGCGUGUGUCUGCGUGUGUGUGUGAGUGUGUCAGUGCGUGUGUCUGCGUGUGUGUGUGUGAGUGUGUCAGUGCGUGUGUCAGUGCGUGUCUGCGUGCGUGAGCGUGUCAGUGCGUGUGUCUGCGUGUGUGUGCGUGAGCGUGUCAGUGCGCGUGUGUGCGUGAGCGUGUCAGUGUGUGUGUCUGUGUGCGUGCGUGAGCGUGUCAGUGCGUGUGUCUGCGUGUGUGAGCGCGAGCGUGUCAGUGCGUGUGUCUGCGUGUGCGUGCGUGAGUGUGUCAGUGCAUGUGUCUGCGUGUGUGAGCGUGCACUAGCGCACGUUUGCUGCUCUGUGUGCAUGACCCUCGGGUGUCUCCCAGCUACUGCAUGGCCACAGAUUCACGGGUCUCGGUCGGCACCCGGGCCUUCGUACCCACCCCCCACCCCCACCCCCCUUCUCAAAAACAAGCGUGAUGGAGCGAGCGAGGGGGUCAUCUUUCCAAGCCAACACUGAACGUUUAAUGUCGCCCUUUGGAACCUCGAACGUCUGUUACUCCUGUCGCAUACGCGUUGUAUUCCCGCUGCGUGUCCGUAAGCAAGUGGCCGUGUGUUGUGGUCAAAAGCAUGCUUUAACUUUUGACAGUGUGUCUUGGGAUGCAUCAUUUCAGAAUUUUAAAUCUUUUUGUAAAAGUUUUCAAAAAAAUAUAUAUAUCUAUAUAUCUAUAUAUUUACUUCACACAACCAGUGCAACCAAUGUAUCUGACAAGAAAUAUCUGGUGUUGUUUUCUGAAUCAAGGCAUUGUGGUUUUUGCUUGUUAAAAGAAGAUUUUUAAAAAAAGGAAUACUAUUUUUUUCUCUAUAUAGAAUUUCUGUCUAGUCAGACCUUCUAUGACGAUUCCAAAACUCUUUGAAUGUUAGUCCUCUGAUGUGAAAGUGAGGCAUGAACUGGACACAGGAAGUGUGUGAUGGACUAGGCCGUGUAUUGCUUCCUAAACCGUGUGUCUGUGAAAGUCUGUGGCUGCAUGACUGGGUUUUUCAGUGUUAACAGUUCUCUGCUUCUCCCCCGGGUGACCGAUGCGUGGAAGGAGGGGGGAAAAAAUUGCACUUUUUAUUCGAUUUGGUCGUUUGGUUGUUGUUUUUAUCGUCGUCCUUUUUUGUCCCGACUUACAGAUUUUUUGGCUUCUGUUGUGAUUCUUCUGCAUGUAGCGACUGCAAAUUUUAAAUGUUCUGUCUUUAACUGCCAUGAAGGACUACUGAAAUAAAAACUUUACAAGUGGGGAAAAUA